CGAUGCCCCGUUAUCGCAAAAAAUUAAAUCGUGAACAGACUCAAAAAGAACUAGCAGAACUGGAAGGAAAAUGCAAAGCUUUGAUAAUCGAUUCGAAGCUCGAAACAUUCAACGAAUUACCUCUAUCAACUUUGACUUUGAAAGGCUUACAAGAAGCAAAUUAUGUUGAAAUGACCGAGAUUCAACGUAAGGCGCUCCCUCUCGCUUUACGUGGAGAAGACAUUUUAGGAGCAGCCAAAACAGGCAGCGGAAAAACUUUAGCUUUUUUGAUCCCAUUAAUUGAAACAUUACAUCGACAACAAUGGUCGCAGUUGGACGGAUUAGGUGCCCUUGUGAUAGCACCAACACGAGAGUUGGCUGUUCAAAUUUUUGAGGUUCUUCGAAAAAUUGGACGGCACCACUUUCUAUCAGCUGGACUUAUCAUUGGAGGAAAAAACUUGCAUAUUGAACAAGAGCGUAUUAAUAGAAUGAAUAUUCUUAUAUGCACACCCGGGCGCUUGUUACAGCACAUGGAUCAAACUGUAGGUUUUACCUGUGAUAAUUUACAAAUCCUAGUUUUAGAUGAAGCAGACCUGAUUCUUGACAUGGGUUUUGAGAAAACGGUUAAUGCUAUAAUAGCUAAUAUUCCUAAACAUCGCCAAACUCUUUUAUUUUCGGCAACAUUGACUAAGUCUAAUCCAGAACACGUGGCCGUGCAUGAUGGUUCUGACCAGAGUACACCACCAAGUUUGUUGCAACAUUAUUUGGUGUGUGAACUACCUGAAAAACUAGACAUUCUAUUUUCAUUUAUUAAGUCUCAUCUUAAAGCGAAAGCUUUGGUAUUUUUGUCUAGUUGCAAGCAGGUCCGCUUCGUGUUUGAAGCUUUCUGCAAAAUGCAACCAGGAGUCAUAUUACUUCAUUUGCACGGAAAACAAAAACAAACUAAACGUGUAGAAAUAUUUAAUAAGUUUUCUUCAUUAAAACACGCAUAUUUGUUUGCCACGGAUAUAGCGGCAAGGGGCUUGGACUUUCCAGCCGUUGAUUGGGUAAUACAAGUAGAUGCUCCAGGGAAUGCAGACACAUACAUUCAUCGUGUAGGACGUACAGCAAGGUAUGAAGCUUCUGGGCUUGCAUUGCUAUUGUUGUUGCCAAGUGAAGAAGAAGGGAUGAAGAAAGCUUUAGAACAAAAGAAAGUGCCAAUUGGAAAAACUAAGGCUAAACCGAGCAAAACAAUGAGUAUACAGAAACGAUUGCAAUCUUUCUGUUUUCAAGAUCCAGAAAUUAAGUAUCUGGCACAGAAGGCUUUUAUAUCAUAUAUGCGGUCAGUUUAUCUUCAAAGUGAUAAAUCUAUAUUUAAAAUAGAUGAAUUACCCGCAGAAGCAUUUUCCGCUUCUCUUGGGUUACCUGGUGCGCCAAAAAUUAAAUUCAUUAAAAAAUCACAAUUAAAAAAUGCUAUUCGUGAAAAGCCUAAAGAAUCGACUGAUGAUGAAAAUUCGAAAGAUAGCCAAUCAUCAGAUUCUGAUGAUGCUUCUGAUGAAGAAAAGAAAAAGAACUCAAAACCAAAAACUAAAAUAGAAAGAAUUUUUAAUCGUAAAAAUAUGUCCGUUUUCGCUGAUCACUAUAAAAAGCUUGUGGAUCAAGAAAGUGACAAUAUUACGUGUGACGACGAUGAGUUCAUUACUCUUAAACGUGUUAAUCAUGAACUGCCUACGGAAUUAGAACAAACAAAUCGUGAGAAAUUGUCAAAACGUAAGCUUUUAAAGGCCAAGUCAAAGAAAUUCGCGAUCAAAAAUGCGUCUAGGGGAAAUAAGCUUGUAUUCGAUGAUGAUGGAAAUCCUCAUCAAGUAUACGAAUUUCAAGAUGAAAAGACAUUCCUUGAUAGUGCAUUAGCGCAAAAGCAAGAAUUUCUUGAAAAAGAAUUAGAAGUAAUGAAAAAGAAGGAUGAAGUGGAUAAAAUGACUGCAAGGGAGAAAAAACGUAGAAAAUUAAAGUAA